CGACAGGAGCUGAACGGGUUCUACAUCCCGGAGAUGACGUCAGUGGUGUGCGCGUCGGCGGCGGAGAUGGUCCGCGUGAUGCGCGCGGGCAACCGCCACCGCGCCGCCGGCCGCACCGACAUGAACGAGCACUCGUCGCGCUCGCACGCCGUGUUCCUCGUCACCGUAGAAACCGCGCACCGCACCACCAACCGCAUACGCGUGGGCAAGCUGAACCUGGUGGACCUGGCGGGCAGCGAGCGGCAGCGCAAGACGGGCGCGUCGGCCGAGCGCCUGCGGGAGGCCUCGCGCAUCAACCAGGCGCUGUCCUCGCUCGGGAACGUCAUCUCCGCGCUCGCCGAGAACAGCCCGCACGUGCCUUACAGGGACUCAAAGUUAACGCGCAUCCUCCAAGACUCACUGGGCGGCAACAGCAAGACGAUCAUGAUCGCCAACAUCGGGCCCGCCUCCUACAACUACGACGAGACCAUCACCACGCUGCGGUACGCGCACAGGGCGAAAGCGAUAAAGAACAAACCAGUUCGAAACGAAGACCCGAAGGACGCGAAGCUGCGCGAGUACCAGGCGGAGAUCGAGCGCCUGCGCACGCUCAUCGAGCAGCGCAAGGCCGCCGAGCUCAGGCGCCGCCGCGCGCCGCGCCCCAAGCCGCAGGCGCCGCUCAGCGAACAAUCCGAAGAAGAAACGGUUAGCAUCGAAAAUGAACACUUGUUAGCGGAAUCGACGAUAGAGCAAGAGAAAAACAAGACAGAGGAGUUGGAACAACAAAUCCGGUCGUUGGAAGACCGGCUAGUCACAGGGGGCGGGGGCAAGGACCUCAUCAACAACCUCAACGAGAGCCAGAUCAUCCUCGAGCAGCGGAACAUGGAGAUCGCGGAGCGGAAGAAGCGGGAGGUGGAGAUGCAGCAGAAGAUAGACCUCGAGGAAGAAACGACGACGAUAGUCACCAACACAUUCGCCACCUUACAGCAGGAGGUCGACCAUAAAACGCAGAGGUUAAAAAAAUGCCUGGCGAAGUACACGUGCGUCCGCGAGGAGACGGCGGAGCAGCGCGAGGCGCACGACGCCGAGCGGCGCGAGCACGAGGCGCUGCAGGCCGCGCUCAUCGCCGAGCUGCGCCGCCGCCUGCUCGUGGCCGACUCCUUCGUGCCCGAGGCCGGCCGCGCCACCGUGCUGCGCCUGCGCUACAGCGACGACGCCGACGCCUGGGAGCUGCCCGAGCACAGCGGCGCGGAGGUGCUGACGGUGCGUCCCACAGCAUCAGGCGGGCGGCGGCCGCUGUGCUCGGCGGCGCUGGGCCCGGGCGCGGCGGCGCGGCGGCGGCCGCACAACUUGUUGGACCUGGCGCCGCUGCCGCUGCCGCCCACCACGCGCCACUACCGGCCCGCGCCGCCCGCGCCCGAGCCAGACCUGCGCGCCAAGUCCUGCAACCCCAAGGCGCUCAAGGCACGACAGGCGGCGGAGACGCCGGUGAAGAAGGAGCCGGACAUCGAGGCGCCGCGCAAGCACACCGCCCGCGCGCGGCCCCCCACCGCCCACCACCGCCUCGGCACCGCCGGCGUGCGGUAGGCCCGCCGGCUCCCCGGCCCCCCGGCCCCCCGGCCCCCUGCCCCGCACCUGCCGCUGAAAUAAAAACGAUUUCACCGAGACAGGGUGCCCGCGGACGACGUGAGACGAGCGAUACGACGCCUCGGCUGUUACUCUUGCUUCGAAAGUACACACGAAUACGAGGCGAUCUUAACCGCUGAAAGACUGCUGUUAGCUCUCGAGCUCGACCCCUUGUUUUUCGCUUCGAGGAGGCCCCUCGUUACCUCUGUGCAUCACAGUAAGGCACACGUAUGCACAUAAUUAGUGCCUCGUUCGUCAGAAAUCAUCGUCUCGUUGACUGGCAGACGUCGUUGAACUGACGAGUUCCUUCAGUUGUUUUCAGGUCGUUCGACUCGCAAGUCUCGCUCCCGCUCUGACCUAACGCAUACGUACGAAGCGAUCGACCGAAUUUUUAGUGAUAAUUCGAUCCAUUUGUAAACGUGUAGUUAUCUAAAUAGAAACUAAGGUGGACGGUCCCCUCGUCCUGAUAGGCCAAAGUACGAUUAAAAUAAGGUAUAAUAGACAAAUAAUAAUCCAAAAAAUAUACUUGAAGCUCGCAUUAAUACAGUGACAAUAGCGUACAUAAUGUCUGGCAUAAAAGUAAAAUGUAAUAUAAUUUAAAAAUGUAUUGUAUAGAUCGAACCAUCAAUGGCGUCCAUUGAGCUGUCGCUUCUCGUAAUGUAUGCGUUAACAGCGUCCGUUGUGUGCGCGCUAUGCGGCGCGGGCCGCGCGAGCAUUAUUUGUAAAUAAAUAUUCGAGUACGGGGAGGGUAAAUAUGCCACAGACUAAAUAAAUACACGCAUAAUUUUAAUGCUUGUCCUAUGUGGAAAAGGGAUACGAUUAAUUAAAAAUUUAUAUACGACGGCUGAUGCUGUAUAUUUGAUCGCUAUUUAUAAUUGUACGAGCUGAUGAAUCUGUGUUCGAUCAGAUGUGUACUAACAAAUUGUAUUCUGAUAUUAAAUUUAGCUUUUUGCGAAAAUUAAGCGUGUGUACUUGUUUAAUCUGUGACAUAGAUAGAAUAAAAUGUCACAAAUUUCAGUGAAUACGGUAAAUGUGAAAGAGUAAUUAUUAUGAUCUCAGUUUAUUAAUUUCCAGUAUUUACAGGGCAGUUGCGCUUUGUGUGUGAACGAGUAUAUGCACUCGCUCAAGUAAAAGCGCAAGUUUUCCCCGAUAGAUACCAUACUAUGCAUAUUACACACUUUUACAGUUAUCAAUUUAAUUUAACUGUUAUUUUAUACUUGUGAUAGGUUUGUAUGUCCCAGAAUUGCCUCUCGUUUAGUCAACCGUUAAUUUAAUUAACUAGAAAUCGCCGAAAUGUCAUUUUUUGUAAGAUUCAAAUAAAUUGUAGGCAAAAUAUCCAGAUGAAUUAUUGUAUUGGUAUCUAUUUGGAAAAAAUGAAUUUCUAAAUCCCGCAUAGAUUUUGUAAAUGCGAGGCAGAAAUGAAAUCCCUGAACAUGCCAAACUAUUUUUUUGUAUCUGAAUUUUGGUUUGUUUAGUCAAUUUAGGUUGUCGUUUGUUUUAUAUACGAUUUUAUUUUACCGUUGUUAUAUUUUUUAAAUUUUAUUUUGCGCUUCGAUAGUCCAGUUCGUGUUGAAGCGAGUGAUAUUAGGUAGUUUGUUAUAAUUAUGUAUUGAAAUUGAUUUGUACGCGAUGUAUUUGAAAUAUUUAUGAGCUGCUGCUACAUCGACGCGUCGCUCGCGCACUGAAUGUUCAAAUGUGUUACCAAAGAUGGCACCGGUCAUUCCAUGUAGCUUGUCCCACGUAUUGUAUUGAUAUUAAAGUGAUCAUGUUCCUUUAUUUGUAAAUUUCAUUAGUGAAUGCGUUAUAUUAUUUCUAGACACGGUUUCUAGUCAAUGGUUCUUGUAAACAAAUAUUGUAAAUAUUCGUAUAGUAGGUAUUUAAAAAGUAUUAGACAUAGUGUAGGUAAGUUGCUAAAUUCGCACAAUACUUUUUCGAUACCAGUCAUCCGGACUACGAAUUUGAAACAGUUAAUUUUAUUAUCAUCAUCAUGAGUAAAUAGAAUAAUAAGCCCUUAAGUUGAAUAAAUCACCGCAAACCGCUGUCACAAGCAGUGUCUUGUAUCUUGUUCUCUCAGUUAACGCCAAAAAAUAUUGGAUACCAUUAUCUUUUGCUCACGGCAAAGCAUAAUUUUUUACUUAUGUAAAGCUAUAGGUAUUUUAAAAUUAAUGAUGUACUCUGAUUUUUUGGCUUAUUAAUUACUGUUUAAAUUACUUUUGAUCCGAAGGAUGAAAUCAUGUGAUAUAUGGAUAUAUUUGAAAGCGCUAGUCAGCUGUGCCGCAUACAAGCUUAUACUCACCAAUAAAAUAUUUUCAAUUUUA